GGUAUCUCGCUAAGCGCUGGCGCAGUUGGAUCGGGGUCUCCACCACGGCAGCAUUUCAUCCGGUGGUCUCUUUACGCACCUGUCUCUUUCUCUCUCUCUCUCUCUCUAUCUCUAUCUCUCCCUCUAUCUCCCUCUCUCUCUUUCUGUUCGUCUUCUAUCCUUAUCUCUCUUAUUCUAACACGGUCCGUCUCUCUCAUUUUGCCCCUAUCAAGCUCUCGCUCUCACUUUCUCUCUCUCUCUCUCUCUCUCUCUCUUUCUCUCUCUCUUUUCUUCUUCUUCCCCCCACUUUCUCUUCUCUUCUCUCUCUUUCUCUCUCUCUCUCUCUCUCUCUCUCUCUCUCUCUCUCUUUCUGUGUGUCUGUCUUCCUGUCUUUCUCCUUAUCAUCCUUAGACUCCACAGGCUCACAGUACGGAGAACGAUGAGAUCCCCGUGACGCGUCGUCUCCCUCUCGCGAUGUUCCAUCUCUAUCCACCCUUCGUCACCUGACUCUCCUCAGUAUCGCUGGCGCGCGUGUACCUUUUAUUUGUCGGAGUAUGUGCGCGCGCGACUCCGUUACGAGUCCGAUCGAGUACGGAGCGUUUAAGGUACUCCUUCCUUCUUCUGAAAAGUACUGAAUCAACAAGCUUUCGGCAUCAUCGUAAAGAUUCUCCUUAGUUCUUAACUGGAGAGAUUUGUUGAGGACGUCAAGGGGAAGGGGACGGGGUUACGGAGGGAACGGUGACGAGUGUACGAAAAACUUUUUGAAGAGUGUGGAAGGUGUCCUCGCGAGUGUGCAAAAUUCCUUAUCGUAAAGAGAUAAGAGAUAUAUCGACGUUAAGUCUAAAGUGGGGGAAGAAAGAAAGAGGAGGAAAAAGGGAAAGAAAAAAGGAAAAAAAAAAAAUACGAAAAAAAGAAAAAUAGAAGGAAAUUCUUUCGCACGGAGCCUCUACACGCGUGGGCUUCUUUUUUUUUUUUUCUUUUCUUCGAACGCGGGAGUAACGGAAUCGUGAAAUGUACCGGAAACGAUGGACCGUAAAAGCACUGCGAAUGGAUUUACAAUAUAACACCGUGGGUAAUGGUACGAGCGCGUCCCUCAGGAUGAUCUGCGUUUUCAUCUUUUGGAUGCUACUCUAUGAUAGCACAGCACAUGGUAUACGACGUUUAAAAGCGGACAUUUUUCAAGAAUGGCCGUCACCGGAGAAAGGACCAUACUUCGAUACUUCGGUGCCAUCAAAUAUGACCGGCUUAGUCGGGAAAACCAUUGAAUUGAUCUGUAAAGUGAAGAAUCUCGGAAACAGAACGGUGUCGUGGGUAAGGCAUCGAGAUAUUCAUUUGCUGACCGUGGGACGUUACACCUAUACUAGCGAUCAACGUUUCGAAGCAAUGCAUAUGCCACAUUCGGAAGAAUGGACAUUGCAAAUACGAUAUCCUCAGAAAAAGGAUUCCGGUGUAUACGAAUGUCAAAUCUCUACGACGCCCCCUAUCGGACUUCCGGUUCAUCUUACAAUAGUCGAACCAGUAACCGAGAUAACAGGAGGUCCAGAUUUGUUUAUUAACAAAGAUAGUACGAUAAAUCUAACGUGUCUGGUAAGAUACGCACCAGAGCCACCGUCCACGAUAAUCUGGAGUCAUAAUCGACAGGCGAUUAACUUCGAUUCGCCGAGAGGCGGCAUUAGCCUGAUCACAGAAAAAGGACCCGUGACGUCGAGUCGUUUGCUCAUUCAGAAGGCCAUCCAGGAAGACUCGGGACUUUACACGUGUUCGCCCAACAAUACUCACUCCAACAGCGUACGAGUGCACAUAGUUAAUGAAGAACAUCCAGCGGCGAUGCAUCAUGGAAGCGGUGACAGAAUGGCCGCGACAUUUCUUCCACUGAUUCUAUUUCUUCGGACGAUAUUCUAGCCGUCAUCGCGAGUGCUGCUCUUCCAAGACAAAACAAAGAAAAUAAUAACAUUGAACUUUGUCUAUGAUCUUGGACUAUGAAAGUUCGACGCUCGACGAUCGACGUACACAUACACAUACACACGCACACAUAGACACAAACUUACACAUACAGGCAUUUAACAUACACAUAGAUAUACACAUGCACACAUAUGUACGUACUUAUGUAUAUCGUUCGUCGAGAAAGAUUCAACGUAACGAUUUUCACGAUUAAUGCGAUUUUCAAGGACGGCGUAUCGUCGGCGAUGUAAUUGUAUAGAAAAUUUUUACCAUCGAAAAUUAUAAUAAAAAGGCACGAUAAUCGAAACGAUAUACGAAAAAAAGACAACCAAAAAAAAAAAAAGAGAGAGAGAAAAAGAAAGAAAAGAAAAAAGAAAAAAAAAAAAGAAAGAAGAAACAAAUAAAAUCAUCAAUGUUUUUUCAUUUCGACGAAAAUUUAUCGCCGACCUUUCGUACGAUCGAAUUAUUUUCAAGAAAAUCGCUAAGCUAACGCGAGUCCCGUUAAUUGUUCGUUCAAACUCAAUCGAUUACGAGAACUCGUAUUAUUGUUGUCAAAUUCGUUUUUAUUAUCUGAAAUAAAUAACAGCAACGAGUUUUGUGCUUCGUCGCCGAGAUUGAGCGAGCAAUCGUUUGUUUUGUGCAUACGUACAUAUAUAUAAUAUUUAUAUAUGUAUAUAUAUAUAUAUGCAUAUAUAUAUGUAUGUAUGUAUAUAUAUAUAUAUAUAUAUAUAUAUAUAUAUAUAUAUUGCCGUCGAAAAGUUUCCGUAUUCACUCAACUACAAGAUUGUAAGAUAGUAUCGAUUAUUACAAAGAAGGAAAAGCGAUUUAUCAAUUUUUUUCGCCUUUUUCAAAAUAUUACACGAUUUCAUUCCUCCUUUAUAUUUCCAUUCUAAUUUCUUAAUCUUUUAAUUUUUUUUUUCUAUUCCUUUUUUUUCUCUUUUUCUUUUUUCAUAUCCAAAAAUCAAUCAUUUCCAUCAAGUUCUUCAUUUUUAAAAACGCAAUAUUUAUAUAUUCCAUUUUUUUUUUUAGAUUUUCUUUUUUCUUUAUUUCUUUUUAUUUUUAUUUUUUUAUUUUUCUUUACUAGUAAUUAUUUAAUUCGAACAAAU